CUUGCUAAUUCUAAAGGCUCUCAAAUUACAGAUGAGGAAAUCCGAAGUGCUGAGGAAAAGUUUGCCGAAUCCCUACAGCUGGCACAGGUUGGAAUGUAUAAUCUGUUGGAGAACGAUGUGGAGCAGGUUUCACAGCUAGUCACUUUUGCCGAAGGAAUGCUCGAUUACCAUCAACAGUGUGCCGACAUCCUGCGGGUACUCGUCGAGGUGCUCAGAGAAAAACGCGAGGAAGCUGCCAACCGGCCCAAGUCCGAGUUCGUCCCGAAGACGCUUGCGGAUCUGAACAUCGAAACGCUCGGCUCCUCGGACGGCGUCAAUGGCGGUUCAUCGCGUCUCAAUUCGCCGGUCAAUAAACCGACACAUCUGGAACUUUUGGGUAACGGUCAAGCGCAGGCGCGUUCCACCAAUGCAUCGCCCUUGCCCUCUCCGAUGCGAUCACCCGCCAGGACGCCAAUGCCUCCAAGCAAGCCAACCCAGCCCCACUGUACGGCGCUGUACGAUUUCGAGCCGGAGAAUCCCGGAGAGCUGGGAUUCAAGGUGAGUUCUGAAAAUCUUUACUGGAGAUUCUUCAGUGAAGAAAAGUCGUUAAACAGUGUUCUCUGAAUAUAUCCU